AUGCUUUUAAAUACGAAGUAAUCAGCGGAGCGAUACGUGCGAGUGAAAUGGAGAGAUGUCCGCGUUGGGGAUUUUGUCCAUCUGUCGAACAACGAAGCUGUGCCAGCAGAUAUGGUGCUGCUGCACUCUUCAAAUCCUCUGGGAUAUUGCUAUCUCGACACCUGCAAUUUAGACGGAGAAACUAAUUUAAAACAAAGAAAUGUGGCACCAGGCUUUAGAGAAAAGCAACAGGAAUUUAACCCAAUAAAAUUUAGAAGUACAAUCGAAGUGGAACGACCAUCGACAAAAAUAUAUAGAUUUACGGGAAGUAUAUCGCACCCUACCGGCGGUCGAGUUACCUUAUCAUCUGAGAACCUUCUCUUGAGGGACUGUACGAUAAAAAAUACUGACUUUGUAGAGGGUAUUAUCGUGUACGCUGGACACGAAACUAAAGCUAUGCUUAACAACGGGGGACCAAGAUACAAGUGCUCUAACCUAGAGAAACGAAUGAACACAGACGUGAUAUGGUGUGUCUUAGUGCUGCUUUUUCUUUGUUGUACUGGCGCCGUCGGCUAUAAGCUCUGGUUGGACAAGUAUUAUGAUAAUUUGUAUAAGCAUGUACCCUUCAUUACCAAAACAAAAAACCCAGCGUAUGAGGGAUUACUUAUAUUUUGGACAUAUAUAAUCACACUUCAAGUCAUGAUACCAGUUUCGCUGUACGUCACAAUAGAGAUGACUAAACUAUUGCAAGUGUACCAUAUACACCAGGAUAUCGAGAUGUACGAUCCGGAAACGAACACGCGAACAGAAUGUCGAGCCUUAAAUAUAACGGAAGAGUUGGGCCAAAUUACUUACUUAUUUAGCGACAAAACUGGGACACUGACAGAAAAUAAAAUGGUGUUUAGAAAGUGUACUGUCAACGGAGUGGACUACGAUCACCCCCCUGGUCCACCUGCUGAACCUUGUCCAGAAUUGCCACCAAUUGUCACUCCUGUAACUAGCGUGUCGCCAAAUAGACGAUUGGUACAACAUUUAACUGAUAGUAAUGAUGCCCAACAUACUCAAAAGGUACGCGAAUUCCUCCUGAUUCUGGCCGUUUGUAACACAGUAGUGGUGAGUCAACCCCACGUGGAUACAAUGCAGUUAAGCGUCUCAGGUGAAAACAUUGGUGAAAAAACUUCACGUUCAAACGGCACACUGCGAUCGAAUGAUAAAUACGCUCGACUGACUGAAUCUCGUUCGACAACUCCAUCACCUCCGCCGACUUCGUCUCCUUUAAGGAUAAGGUUAUCAAAACUAACUUUCGGUAAUAGCAGUCACAGAGAAGACACGACCAGUACCAGCGAACCGAGCACAUCUAACGAACAAACGCAUUCCCGCUUUGAAGCUGAAAGUCCAGAUGAACUGGCUUUAGCUGAGGCGGCACUGGCAUACGGCUAUGAGCUGCGGUCCCGUGCCCCCGAUGAAGUGGAGUUGGGUAUACGCGGCGAAUUGACCAAAAUCAAAGUGCUAAGGAUACAACAGUUCGAUUCUGUAAGAAAAUGUAUGUCCGUUGCACUGAGGCUUCCCACUGGCCAGGUGGUAUUAUACGUUAAAGGAGCCGACGCCACUGUACUUAACGCCUUAGCACCAAUGCUGCCUGGUUCAACCGAAGCGGCUGCGUGUGAAAGGACCCGCGUUCUAUUGUCUGAGUACUCGCGGCAAGGUCUACGUACACUAGUCAUGGCGAAGCGUAUCAUGCAACCUGCCCUAUGGGAAGAAUGGUUGGCUGGUCAUAAUCGAGCUGCUGAUUUUGGUGAAGUAGGUCGCGACAAACGAAUUCGGGACUCGCUAAAUCGCCUGGAGAGUGCUUUAACAUUGGUCGGAGCAACAGGCGUUGAAGACCGAUUGCAAGAAUCAGUACCACGCACCGUAAGAGCGCUGUUAGACGCUGGGAUAAUCGUGUGGGUACUGACCGGUGACAAGCCAGAAACUGCCAUAAAUAUUGCCUAUUCUGCUGCCCUGUUCUCACAAAGUGACCAGCUAUUGUACCUUAUGUCAAGAGACAAGGAUCAUGCAGAAUCUACCAUUAAGAACUAUCUAGAAAGCCAAUCUCAAUCAAUCAGUAUGAGUAUCAGUGGACAAGCUCUAGUAGUGGACGGCAGAACGUUGACGUACAUUCUGGACCGACGCUCCGGAUUAGUGAAGCCUUUUCUGUCUCUAGCGAAACGGUGCUCUGCCGUGCUAUGUUGCAGGGCCACUCCGCUUCAGAAGGCUUACAUCGUUAAGGCGGUGAAAGAAGAGCUGGGCGUCACCACUUUGGCCAUCGGGGAUGGCGCCAACGACGUUUCUAUGAUCCAAACUGCUGAUGUUGGUGUUGGUAUUUCGGGCCAAGAGGGUAUGCAGGCGGUGAUGGCGUCAGACUUCGCACUCUCGAGGUUCAAAUAUCUUGAGAGACUGUUACUAGUUCACGGCCAUUGGUGCUACGAUCGUCUUGCCAGAAUGAUACUCUACUUUUUCCUCAAAAAUGCCACAUUUGUGUUCCUAAUAUUCUGGUACCAGAUGUACUGCGGCUUCUCAUCGAAUGUGAUGAUCGACCAAAUACAUCUAAUGACCUACAAUCUCAUGUUCACUGCUCUGCCACCUAUCGUCAUCGGCGCAUACGAUCGGCUCGCUCCAGCAUCGUUGCUAACCGAACGUCCGGGGCUAUACAGCUCUUGUCGACGAGGACUAGCGUACAGGACGUACUCUUACUGGCUAGCCCUUGCCGAGUCCGUCUACAUCAGCGUCGUGAUAUUCUUCAUCGCCACCUUUGCUUAUUGGGACACCACCGUCGAUUUGAGCAGCUAUGGAAUCUGUUGUAUGACAUGCUGCCUUGUUGUGAUGCUACUGUAUGUCGCGAUUGAGACCAGAAGUUGGACGGUGAUACAUCUGAUCGCGUUGAGUGGCUCUCUGCUAGCAUUCUUCAUCCUGACAAUAAUGUACCAAUCGAUAUGCGUCAUAUGCUUCAACCUGCCGUCCUCGUACCACGUGAUGCAGAACGCUAUCUUGGAGCCCGUGUAUUGGCUCGUCGUCAUCGUGUCUUCCGUCGCCGCAUUAGCGCCUAGGUUGGCGUACCACGGCAUCCGCAACUCGGUCCGGCCGGGCACGCUGCGGCGCGCGGUGGAGGCGCGGCGCCGCGCGCGCCCCUACGCCGCGCACUACCGCUCCGCCCCGCCCCACGCCACCCUCUACCGAUCGACGGACGAGGACGGGUUGCAGAAGCCGCAGACGGACGUGGCGUCGAUCACGUGA